CAACGACGCACCAUCAUGGUGAUGACCUUAACGGCGUGAAAUAGGAAUCUCGUGAGGAUCCUUUUUGUCUGAGUUAGACAUGGUCUGUGACAUUAUGCGUUUGAGAAUUUGUCCCCCAGCCAUUUAAUAUGAUCUGUGUAAAAUAACUGGGAGAGGUUAUACAACUAGCGGCUUGUACAUGCUUCAAGUUUUGCUUGGAAUUGAAAUCUAUCCGAUAACGGUUUUUUUUUUUACUGUCAUUCUUUUAUGGUUUUAAAAAUGAUGUCCUUCAUCGUUAAACAAAAUUUCAUGCGCGUCUGCAAGGUUUAUACAUCACUGCAGUCUUUCCAGAAAAUAUACAGGGUACCACCGUACGUAAUUCCCACUUCCUCCUGGACUCCCAGUGUGAUUUGGAGUCUUCCCCCUAGGCAGGUGGGCAGAUCCCUGUUUGGUGUUCGACCGCUGCAUUCCUCUGCGUCACGGCUCCAGCAUAGGCGACGCAAAUCGGAGGAUCCUGAGCCGCGCGAACUGGACCUGGUGCGCUAUGACAUGAAGGACCUGAUGAAGGGACCCAAGCCUGCUCUGUAUUUGGGCUUCUCUGGCCUCAUCCCCUUCAUUUCCCCUCCUCUAGUCAUGGCGAUGUCGGAGCUAUACCUUCCAGAGAUCGCAUACGCUCAGGUUGCAUACGGGGCUUCUAUAGUUUCUUUCCUGGGUGGGGCACGCUGGGGAUUUGCCCUACCGGACGGAAGCCCUGCAAAGCCGGACUGGAUGAACCUAACAAACGCUGUGGUACCGUCCAUACUGGCGUGGGUCGCUCUCCUGUUCAGAGACAGCAUCACGGAGGCGAGCCUCGUGGUCAUCAUGGGCUUAGGGAUCUCGCUGCAUUACGACCUAGCGCUUCUGCCCACCUAUCCCAGCUGGUUUAAAGCCAUGCGGACAGUAAUCACGGUCGUGGCCACUUUCUCCCUUGUUGCGACCCUGUUCCUGAAAGGAGUAUUCCCAGAAAGAAAGCUCUUCGGAGACGAAUAGUGUUCGGCGUGAAAUUUCUUAGUAAUAAAAGACAGAGAAAAUCAGUUAUUAAAGAUGGUCCUAUUUCCCUACAGCGCGUGUAGUGUCAACACUGAACAAUCUGUACAAUACAGUCCGAGGAAACACCGUGGAUUCCACACUGCCUCAUAUACUUUUCUGGAAAAAAUAAAACAUACCAUGCAAAACUG